GUCUUCUCCGGGGGACAUCGCCCGACUCCGCCGCCGGAAACCCCAGCGGCGCCUCCGCCUCCCCUCCCCACUCCUUCCCCGGUCGCCGCCGGCCACCGGUCCUCCCACCAGCACAGUCCCCCUGCCCAAUAUUCCCCCGUUCAUCUACUCUCCCAAAUCCCACCUGCUUCCCACCCUCAUUCCAGCAGCAUGUCGAGAGCUCUAGCGCGCCGCGCGGCUCCCCCAUUCCUGCGGCUGCGCUCCACGGUGUUCGACGACGGGCACUGGAUGGGCCGCCUGGACCACAAGGACUGGCUCGCCCCGAACGAGGUCCUCAAGAUCUUCGCGAGCAUCCGGGACGCCGGUCUCAUAACCAGCGUCUUCAAGAAAGCGUGCGCCCGGAGGGACUACAAGCCCAGCGAGGCCCUCUACAGCCUGAUGAUCGACCGGCUCGCCGGCGCCAGGAGGUUCGGCGACGUGGAGGAGCUGCUGGCCAGGGCCAGGGUCGAGAAGUUCAGGUUCUCCGAUGAGUUCUUCUACAGGCUCAUCAAGAUGUACGGCAACGUGGCCAACCAUCCCGAGAAAGCCAUGGAGACCCUCUACGCGAUGCCCGGGUACAACUGCUGGCCUUCGACGAAGACGUUCAACUACGUUCUCCACAUGCUCGUGUGCAAGCGGCAGUACGAGGUUGUCCACGAGGUGUACGCUAGCGCGCCGAGGUUGGGCGUGGCGCUGGACACCUGCUGCUUCAACAUCCUUGUCAAAGGUUUGUGCCAGUUCGGCAAGUUCAACGAGGCCAUCUCGCUGUUGGAUGAGAUGCCGAAGCAGGAGUGCCUGCCUAAUGCGAAGACUUACUCGACGCUGAUGCAUUUCCUCUGCCAGAAAGGUCGGGUGGACGAGGCAUUUGAGCUGUUUGAGAGAAUGCGUAAGGAGGAAAUUGAGGCAGAUACAGUUGUUUACAAUAUAUUGAUCUCUGGUCUGUGCAAACAGGGAAGGGUGAACGUUGCGUUUGAUCAGUUUAAGUUGAUGUCGUCUGAAGGCUGCCAUCCUAAUUCAGGGACUUACCAGGUUCUUCUUGAUGGCCUCGUGGCCUCAAGAAUGUUCGUGGAGGCGAAAGGCCUAGUUGGCAUGAUGAGUGCAGAAGGUCUGAGGCCUAGCUUCUCGUCGUACAAGCUGCUAAUUGAUGGCCUUUGUACUGUUAACUGCUUAGAUGACGCACAUCAUGUCUUGAAGCAAAUGGUGGACCAUGGUUUUGUUCCUCGGAUGGGUACUUGGAGAAAACUUCUUACAUCUGUAUGCUAAACUGUAUUUUCAGGCCAGUGAUUUUGUGGACCUGACAAUACAGCUGAACAGGGUGCUUGUUUUGUUACUGGAACCAGUCGACCAACCAGCCUGUCUUUUCUUAGUAGACAUACAUAUUGAUCUUAUUUUAUGGGAAGUUUGGAACAUCAGGGUUGACAAUGUCCAAGAUCUGUUUACUAAUGCCUCAUAUACUGAUGCACAUUGCUAACUUGUUGGCUUUGCUUCUAAUAUCAACAUCAGUCCAGGCUCCACAUUCUCAAUCUUAAAUGUGAAAUGUCGAAGACCUUCACUUCAGUCUGCUGAUAUUUCUCUCUGGACCUUACUGCUAUUGAAAGCCAGCCAAACUCCCCCUAUAAAAAAACCCAGGCAAACAGUAUGAAGGAUGCAUGCGCGUGAGGUAUCAAUGAUUGAUUUUACUGAAGAUAAUUAAUGGGGAGGCUGUUAUAGAAGUGGUGCAUCCAUCUAUUGCUUGGAUGAGGUAGAGUCAUCGAACUUCCAAACUAUAUGAUCCUUGAAUCCUUCACACACGACAGUUCACAGUUUACCAAAAACAACUUUGUAAAGAAAAAGCAAAGGAACUGGAUGGGAUUAUCAUCUGAAGCCUAACCUACGAAGAGCUGUACCACCUCAUAUCUGGAGAAAAUAGUUACCCUGGUAUUCAAAUCAUGUCCAUGGCAGGUACAUCUAUCAAGUUCUAUCUUGAUUUACUUUUUUUUUGUAUCUGAACCCGUUUUGUUUCCCACUUGUGUAUCUUGAUGUCUCCGGAAUUUGGAUAGACAAGGAUAUUUCCUAAAUCAAGAAUGAGGUCCUAUAAUCUGCUGGUACAGAUUGGUGCUUUAAGACCUUAGCUGCUUAGCAUAACCAGCUUAUUUUGGCUUGCACUGAAUGUCCCAUUUGGCCUUGUGUUAAAUUAGAUGGUUCUUUGUAGCAAUGUAGUUUUUUUGUUCUGAAAAUAUUCCUCAUUACCAUCUGUGAAGAAACUUUUCAGUGUAAGAUUAGCUAUUUACACAGCAACUAACAUACUGUUUUUUUUUCAAUCCUUUCUUGCUGUAUCAAGGUUUUACUAAUUUCAUAUCUUCCACAGGAGGCUAACAGUAACAAUGAUGGGAAAGCAGCACGUCCAUACCUAGACCGUGUAAACUGUGAUUUGUCGACUGCCCUGUAACUGCCCUGUAUUACAGAAAUCUUCAGUAAAACUGCAUCGAGGGGAACUCGUGGCAGAAUACACGCUCGCGGUGCGGGCUGCGAAAUCAUGACCUACUUAAAGCAAAAAAAAUUAUGAGGUAUAAUCUUGCGUUGCUGGCAUUGUGGAAGGCAGUGCCUGAUGUGUCACGUCUCAUGGAUCCAAGAGGCUGUCGAUGCACAUUUCCUGUGCCCAUUUCCGUUUGCCCGUUUCAAGCUGGGUUCUGGCUGGAGACACAUCCGUGACGUCCGCACCCGACGCGUGCCUUGAGCCAGCUGUUAUGCCUACCUGAAACCUGAGCGUACACCGGACAGGGCGAGAGCUGUGUCCAUGUUCAGUGACCUGGUGUACUUGAGGUUGCGGUCCCAUGAGGCAGCGGCCACUGGCAGCGAAAAACAUAACUCAGCAAUCUGCAUGCUGCUGUCGAGCGAUGAGCCGAUGAUGCAUGAACCGAUGGUGAUGUAGCAGAAUUAUAAGUGCUUGUGCUGUAGUUCUACUUCGGAAGAUGGACUUCUGCUGCUCAGCUGCUGGGAAGGUAUGGUUCUGUCUGCUGCCACUUCGUUUUUAUGAAGGAAAAUCGAGAUUGAAUGCUGCAGCUGAAUCACGACAGCAUGUACUUUCUAGCAUCAAUUUUUCAUCCUGCAGUACGUUUCUGGUUCAAUAAUCUCUUCACCAAUCAGUAUGCUGCUGGCAAGUGACGAUGAUAUGUUUAUCAGGUGUCGUGCAGCCAGAAUCAGGCAUGUGCUCGAGCUGUACUCAUGGAGUGCACUGGGGCGCUGGGAAGUUGAGGUUCUGUCUGCUUCCGCUUCGUCCUAGCCAUCACAUCCGGCGUGGCAGCGUCCUGCAUUCUGGAACGCGAUUUCGCACCUAAUUCCGGCGCGCUCGUCACUGCAUCCUUGUAGACACGCACCACUGUCCACUGGCGGAGCAGGAUCAUUCCAGCUCGAUCGUACUGUUGAGUUUUUUUUUUUUCCGAAGAAGAUACACCGAUGUAUUAAUAAUCAUCAUUAGUUGUAUAAGGAACAUCAAAGGUAAAUAGGUCGAUGGAUCACCUAGUGACGAUUGCAAACAGUAGAGCGAGUCAAAGAUGCGCCGUGGUUCUUUGCCUUCCCUCACCAGAGUUGGACAAAGCUUGCAAUAAUAGUGUGUGUUGUAAUAGAUAGAUGGAAAGUUAUUGUGCUAAAGCCAAAAAAACCAACGCAAUUGAACAUCAACCACUGUUCUUGGCUUCC